CCUCCGAACCUUCUAGAAUGUACUCCAACAUCGCCGCGGCCUUGCUUCGUGAGGGGCCUCGGUUUAUCUGGGGUAGUUUGAUUCGCCUUGGGGUCCUAUGGGUGGUUCGUUCAGUGGGGUGGACGCUUCGUUUCUGAUCGAGUGAGGGGUUUGCGUGGGUUUCGAUCAUUCCUGUUGCUCCACGUUUCGCCGACUUCGCUUUAGGGCUGACAGUUCAUAAGAGGUUCCCGCAGGAGGGUCCUCGCCAUGGAUCUAUCCUGUUCACUAACUUCAUCCAGUGAUGAUGAAACCAGGACACUUAAUGCAUUGCUUGAUGCUUUCAGCUGUGCCUUUUCACUUGAUGAUAUAGCUGAUGCAUACAUCAGAGCAAAGGGUGAUGUCAACAAAGCUGGAGAUUUCUUAACUGACCUUCAACUUUCGAUGCCUCACAACAAUGAAGUUGACCGAAGUGUUGAGACUAACUCUUCCCAGACUGACAAGGCAGUGGAAGAAAACUAUAUGGAGAAUUCAAGCCAACAAAGAACUCUUUCCCAGAUUGAGAAGGCAGUUGAAGAAAAGCAUAUGGAGGAUUCAGAUCAAACAAGAAUGCCUGAAAAGUUGCAAAAGUCUAGUGCUUCAUUUGGUACCGUGUCCAGCAUGUUAGGAAAAAAAUCUGCCAGGGCUACAACAGCUGCAAAUAGAGCAUCAAAAAAGGAAAAACCUCUGAAAGUUGAACUGCCAGAGUGCAUGCGAGAUGAUUUCAAAGUGAAAUCUGAUGAAUCUAAUUCUGCACCAAAGCGAGAGACUUUGAAUAACAGAGAUGUUGAGGAGUUUCUGUUUUGCAUGCUUGGUGAAGGAUUUAAGCUCAGCAUGGAAGUGAUUCGUGAAGUUCUAGGUAGCUGUGGAUAUGACAUUAAGAAGAGCAUGGAGGAAUUGAUUUCAUUUUCUGAAAAAGAUCUAGACAAAAAGGCAGAGAGCAAUUGUAGUGUGAUGCAAGAUGUGGCAGUAGAAUGCUCUUUUCCCAAGGGACACUGCCUAGACUCGCAGUCUACCUUUAGGGAUGGUAAUACCAGUUCUUCGCAAGUGGAGAAGCGUAGCUCAAAACCACAGGUUUCUCCAGGAGAGUUGAUAGAAGCAAUCUUCACUGUACCUGGAAGAUUGGAGGAGCCCAAAGGAAGAAGAUAUGAAUUGGGUGCAAAUCGAAGCAGAGUCCCAGAUCAGAAACCAGUCUUGAAACCUCUUGAGGACAUUUCAUCGUAUUCAACUGAUCUUCCAGUCAAAUUUGUUGUAUGUAGCAAAGAAUCAGCUGUGGAUGAGGAGGAUUACCAGAACUACCGCAGGGCUGCGAAGCAGCACUGGGAUAUGAUGAAGCAGUACUAUGAGAAGGCUGCUGAUGCUUUUAGGGAGGGUAACCACAAAGAAGUUGAUUAUCUUAUACAGGAAGGCAAGCACUGUUACAGGAUGGCUCGACUGGCGGAUGAAAAAUCUGCUGGGGAGAUUAUCAAGUCCAAAAAAAUAGAGUCAAAAAAUGAAUUGUGUCUUGAUAUGCGCUCACAAGAUGCAUCAAACAUAUCUAAUCUUUUGAGACUUCAUCUUAAACAGUUGGCAAACAUUCCAUCUUUUGACUACCUAAAAGUUAUUAUUGGUGUUGAUGAUGGCAGUUUCAAGAUGGGACAAAGAAGAAGAAAGGUGAUGAAGUAUCUGGAGAAGAAUUCAAUCGAGUGGACUGAAGAUGAGCCCCACUCUGGGAACAUCCUCAUCCGGAUUAAUCAGGUGGAAAACCGUCAAGGAUAGGUUGAUGUAUAAAGGUGGUGCGACACAAACUGACGGAAGAUGAUCAUGGGUCCAACAUCUUAAAGUGCCGUUCUGGAUCCAGGUGCAGUCUGUUUUUUUGGCAAAAGCGCCAUGUAAUUUGCCGCGAAAGGCAUUCUUUUUGUCCGCACACUGCAGGCAUUUGGAGUUAACUGCUACAUUGCCAGUUAUCACAAAGAUGAAGAGGGAGCACAGGUGAUGAUCUGGGAGAAAUGGUUGUGUAACAGUUAGAUACUGAAAUAUUGUUCUAACGCUCUAAAACACCAGUAGCUUCUAUAUUACUAGUGCCGUUAUGCUCAUGAACAUGUGGACAAUAUUUUCUGAUC